CCCCAUCCGCUUAGUAUAUAAACCGAAACCACCGACAGUCAGACAUCACUCACUCGAUACUCAGAUCAACAGAUCAACAAACAAAUAUCAUGGCAUUCAAGUUCAUCACUCUCUUGGCCCUCGUGGCAGCAGCCAACGCCGGCUUCAUCCCAGCGCACCAGCCACUCGCUUACGCAGCAGCCCCAGCGUACGCCACCCCCGUGUUAGCGAAGGCCAUCCACGCCGAAGACGACGCUCAUCCUCAGUACAACUUCAAUUACGAUGUCCAGGACUCAACCACCGGCGACUUCAAGAGCCAACAUGAAACCCGUGAUGGUGACUCUGUCCACGGCAGCUACUCACUCCUUGAAUCCGACGGAACCCGCAGAACUGUUGACUACACCGCAGACGCCAUCAACGGAUUCAACGCCGUCGUCCGCAAAGAACCCGCUCACGUCGCCGUCAAAGCCGCGCCCCUCGCUUACGCUGCACCCGCUGCCUACGCUAAAGUCGCUGCACCAGUAGCAUACGCCGCACCUGCAACCUACGCUGCUCACUACGCACCAGCUGCAUACGCAACUCACUACGCACCAGCCACUUACUCUGCUCACUACUCUGCACCUGCCACUUACGCUAAAAUCGCUGCACCAGUCGCAUACGCUACCCCAGCUAUUGCUAAAGUAGCUGCACCAGUAGCAUACGCUGCACCUGCCGCAUACUCAACUCACGCCGUAGCUAAAGUCGCUACCCCAGUUGCCGCAUACGCACCAGCUGCAUACGCAACCCACUACGCUGCACCAGCUGCAUACGCUACCCACUACGCUGCACCGUCUGCAUACGCUACCCACUACUCUGCACCAGCUGCAUACGCCACCCACUACGCAGCACCUGCUUACUACCACCACUAAUUUAAAAAACUUAAGUCAUAUUACUUCUGUACAAUAAAGACUUGAUUUUUAAAUUUGAAUAAAUAUUUAUACCUGAAUUUAUCUGAU